AUGCCAGAAUUCUGCCUUUCAGAUUGGCUUACCAAAUUUCAAACUGGCGACAAAGAAAACUUCGCUGCGGUGGAAAACCCGGCUAAUGAGCUGAACUCUGUGAUCGAUGUUCUAGCAGUUUCCCCCGAGCUUAUAGACGACAAUGAGGACACACUAGACAGUCUUAUUGGUCUAGCACACGGAUUUCCGCAGCUUCCGCCUCAACAUCAGAUUCAGCUCACGUACUUCAUCAGCUCGUCAUUAGGCAAUUUCGCACAGAGCAUUAAUUCAAGCUUGUCUGGAGGUGCAACGAAUUCUGAGGUCGUAAACUGCGUACCACAAUGGAAACGACAGCUCGAAGAAUAUGGCUAUCUGGUACAUGUAUUGCUGUACUUUUUGGACCAGGAGAUCUCAAGCUCUGCAUCACAAUCCAAUGCAGCAAAGGCCAAUGGAAGAAGCCAGAAUGCGACAGAUAGUAACCCUAGCGCAGCAAAGAGAACAUCAACGCAGAUCGAAAAUAUGCUGGAGAGUAUUUUGAAGGUUUUAGGCUUGAACAUAUCCAGAAUCUUUUCGACAACACCCGAAAGAGACCUUUUCGUUGGCCUCUUCACCAGGCCGAUUUAUGUUUUGAUUGAGACCGAACAAAUUCUGAAAAUGCCUGCAAUCAAGCUAUUUAUAUUGAAAAUCAUUGGUACCGCUGUGAAAAAUCAUGGCCAAAGCUCUAGCACGCAAAACGCGAUUUUAACCUCCUUAACUUACUUUCCCCACCUCAACACUUUUACAGCUGAACUACUGCAAACUAUCAACAACGAUUUUGACUACCCACAGCUCACGGAAGAUAUUCUACGAGACAUCAGCAACAAGGAAUUUAAUAGCAAAGACGUCAAGGGCCCCAAAACUGUCGCAACAUUUCUAGUGAAGUUGUCUGAGCUGAUACCGCGAAUAGUGCUAAGACAGAUGACCCUCAUUGUUAAGCUACUUAAUAACAGCUCUUUCACUUUGAGAUGUGCUGUAGUCGAAGCUUGCGGUAACAUUGUUAUCGAAAUCUCAUCAAAGCGUGAAGAUUUUGACUUGUACAAGCAAUCGGUGGAAGUCCUAAUCGAAUUAUUAGAAGAAAGGUUCACAGAUUCGAAUCCUUAUGUCAGAACAAAGGCAAUACAAGGCUGUUUAAAGAUAUGUGAUCUACCCAUCAAACUUAAGAAAAGUAGAUCUAACAUGGUCGAUCUGGCUGUACGCUCUCUGCAGGACAGGUCUUCUUUAGUUCGAAGAAAUGCAGUUAAGCUGCUCACUAAGCUUCUAUUAACCCAUCAAUUUGAUGCACUUCACGGCUCACAGCUGAAGCUCUCUCAAUGGGAGAGCCGCCUCGAAAGCGCCGAAACUGUGAUUUCCAACACCCUGGCUAUGUCCCCAGAAAGCAACACAAGUGGGCUAGACGAAGCUAUCGAGAGGAGUGUGCGUAAAGACGAUGAAAACGAGUCCAGUGAAGAUGAAGAUGAGCAGAUAUCUAGACUUGAAAGAGAAGCAGAAGAUCUGCCGACAACCAAUGCCAAUGCUGUAUUCAAGAUGAAAUUGACAAUUCAAUACUACAAAGAUGCUAUAGCGUUUAUUAAAGGUAUCCAUGAAGGGAUAGAGAGAUCGUGCCAGCUUCUACAGUCGAGGAACAGAAAUGAAGUUUUGGAGGUUAUGGACUUUAUAGUGCUGACAGAUGCUUAUGACAUCGAACUCAGUCCUCUUGGAGUUCGCAAAAUGCUGCACCUUGUCUGGAUGAAGGGUACUAAUGACGAAGGGACAAGCAUCGUAUCCCAUCUCAUAUCGAGCUACAAUCACUUAUUCCUCACACCUCCGGAUGGUUCGAAUUUUCGAGAGAAAGCUGCUUACAUCGCCAAGAAUCUGAUCAGCUUGACAGAAAACACAUCGGCUGCCGACUUGGCGUCUUUAGAAAAGCUUCUUGGUCUCAUAUAUGAGGCUGAUUACAUUGAUCAAGACGCUAUCAAUGUUUUGUGGGCAAUCUAUAGCUCUGGUGAGCCGCAUCAAAACGCUAGCGAUACAAAACAAAUACAUGGUGCGGUCAUUGUUCUUGGAAUGCUCUCACUGGCGGAUAACAACAUAGCGCAAAAAGGCCUGGAUUCUCUAUUGACUGUUGGCCUUGGUGAAGCUGGCACAAAGGAUCUUGUCUUAUUAAAAUAUUCAUGCGUCGCCCUCCAAAGAACAGUUCCGAAAACAGCCAGUGCGGUUACUGCAAGCAAUCUAAGAGAGAGCGAUGCUGUGAAAAAGCUGCAUGCUAGAAUUAUAGACUAUGUGGAAGACCCAGAGUUUUAUCCUGCCUGCGAGGAAGCUCUAAAGGCGCUUUUCGUGGUAUCAUCAGCUCCUGAUACUAUAGCCACCGAAAUCGUCAGGGAAAAAACCAUGAUGACUUUUGGCAAAAAGGAAUUCGAGGAUCAUUCUAACCACGCAACAUCUCGCAUCGUAUCUUUGGCGCAGCUCUUAUUCAUUGUUGGGCAUGUUGCCAUCAACACUACCAUCUACGUGGAAAAAUGUGAAGCCGAGUUCAAGAAACGUAAGAUAGAGGUCGAAACCAAGAGCACAUCUACAGGUGGUGCCGACACAGUUGACCAGGCGGCACAACGUCAACAGGAAUUAGAAAUGAUUGGCGGUACCAAUGAAGACGACUUUACUGAUGCCGUAAAUUUUGUCAAAGAAACUGAACUGCUUUACGGGGAUUCAUCACUGCUGGCUAGAUUUGGUCCCUUAGUGGAAGAAGUAGUCUCCAACAACGCUAAAUUUGCAGACCGCAUGUUACAAAGAACUGCAGUUCUUUGUCUAGAGAAGUUCAUGUGCGUAUCUGCCAAGUACUGUGAAACUAAUUUGCCGCUUCUAAUCACCAUCCUCGAAAAAUCGUCCGACCCUAUUGUACGUUCUAAUGCAAUUUUAGGCCUAGGAGAUAUGGCGGUGUGCUUUAACAACUUAGUUGACGAGAACACCGAAUUUCUGUACCGUCACUUGCACGAUGAUGACCUGAUGGUUCAAAAAACUUGCUUGAUGACCGUUACUUUCUUAAUUCUUGCAGGCCAAGUUAAGGUCAAAGGGCAGCUUGGUCAAAUGGCAAAAUGUUUGGAGAAUCCAGAUCAGGGAAUUAGCGAUAUGUGCAAAUUGUUUUUUACUGAGUUGGCUACUAAAGACAACGCUAUUUACAAUGGGUUCAUCGACAUAUUCAGUGGCCUGUCGAAUGACGAGCACCUGGAACGCAACUCCUUUAAGAGGAUCUUGAAGUUCUUAUUGACCUUCAUCGAUAAAGAAAAACACCAAAAGCAGCUGAGCGAGAAACUGUCCGUGCGUCUGCAAAAAUCUGAAACCCAAAAGCAGUGGGAUGAUGUUGCAUUUGUCUUGAACAGUAUCCCUCAUAAAACUGAGAAGGCACUUGCCCUGUUAGCGGAUGGCUUCAAGUUCGUGGUGGCUAGAGAAUAA